CUAGCUUGCCUUCUGCUCACAAUGCCAGCGCCUCGCGUAAUAUACUGGUUUCGUACCGACCUCCGUCUCCACGAUUCACCAGCCCUCAAGGCCGCUAUAGACCUUGAACCAGAAUGUCUCUAUCCAAUCUGGUCCUGGGAUCCCCACUACCUUUAUCGUGCACCCGUCGGUCCCAAUCGCUGGAAAUUCCUUCUCGACUGCCAAAAUGACCUUUCCGCUUCCAUCACCAAGCUCAACCCAAGAUCAAAGCUCUUUCUUAUCCGCGAAGCCCCACAGACGUUGUUCCCCAAGUUAUUCAACGAAUGGAAAAUUACCCAUCUUGUCUUCGAGAAAGACACUGACGCUUACGGAAACGAUAGGGAUCAGAAUGUCAUCGAGCUGGCAAAGAAGGCAGGCGUCGACGUUGUUGUCAAGAUCGGUCGAACACUCUAUGAUCCGGAUCAAUUGGUCAAGGAGAACAAGGGGAAGCCCACGAUGAGCAUCAGUCAGGUCCAAGCUGCUGGUGCGAGAAUUGGACAAAUUCCGCGACCGAUUCCUGCACCACAAUCUCUUCCUGAUCCAGGAAACACUGAUCUGAGCUUUCAUCAAGAGCGACCACUCAACGAUCCUGAUUUCAACACUGCACAACGCGACGGAACGGAUAAAUCAUACGAAGCUCUCGCAGGCCCAAACAACGAUUUCGCUGUCCCAACAAUGGAGGAAUUAGGUCCCAAAGAAGCAACGACCCCUCACCGAGGCGGUGAGUCCAUCGCCCUCAAAAUGCUCGAUGAAAUCAUCUCAAACGAGGACUACACGGCAACAUUUGAGAAACCCAAAACCGCUCCUACAGCAUUCGGACCUCAGUCUACCACCUUGCUUUCCCCGCACCUGCACUUCGGGAGCCUCAGCUGUCGAGAAUUCUAUUGGCGCGUCCAAGACGUCGUCGACAAAUACAAAGGAAAAGCAAGCGAGCCGCCCACCAGCCUCACAGGCCAGUUGCUGUUCCGCGACAUGUAUUUCGGCGCGCAAGCUUCGUUAGGCUACUUAUUCGGCCAGACGUACAAGAACCCACAGUGCAGGUUUAUACCUUGGCAUCUACCUAGUGAAAUAGACACCAAGACAGGUUUUAUCACCGGAAAAUACUCGAAAGACUCGGAUCAAGCUGAAGAAUGGUUCACUCGCUGGAAAGAAGGUCGUACGGGUUUUCCAUGGAUCGAUGCCCUCAUGCGACAACUAAAGCUCGAAGGAUGGAUCCACCAUCUCGGUCGACACGCCGUAGCAUGCUUCCUCACCAGGGGAGGAUGUUAUAUUCAUUGGGAGCGUGGCGCAGAGGUGUUUGAAGAAUGGCUCAUUGACCAUGAAGCCGCAUGCAAUAUUGGGAACUGGCAGUGGUUAAGCUGCACCGCUUUCUUUUCUCAGUACUAUCGCUGUUACUCUCCCAUCGCGUUUCCGAAAAAGUGGGAUAAAGCCGGCGAUUUCGUGAGGAAGUACGUUCCGGAGCUCAAGAAUUUCGACCAGAAAUACAUUUACGAGCCCGCAAACGCGCCCAUCGCUGAUCAGAAGAGGUGGGGUUGUCUGAUCGAAGGCGAAGGCGAUGGCACUUCCACCUCUGAAGGGAAGCUGAAGCUUUAUCCAAAACCAAUGUUUGACUUUGCAGAACGCAGGGACAUCUGCAUUAAGGGGAUGAAGAACGCAUACUCUAUCGGUCUUUACGGUGACAAUCCCAAAGUUCUAGAUGGGAGUUGGAGGGAACUCUUUGAUGACGCGGCAGAAGGAUCCACAGAUGGGCAAAAUGGACUGCCAGGAGCCACGGAUGGGAAGGAAGCACCGCCGUCAAAUAAGCGACCUAGGAGCGAAGACAACCCAAAGGGACACAAAAGCCAGCGCACCUUGGACGGGAUGAUGGCAAAGAAGAAGAGAAAAGAAUAGAGAUCGCUUACAAGUCCAGUUGAAAAAUCCCCAUUUUCUCCUUUAGACUCGGUUGUUGAAUAAAUAGUAGUCUUCCCUCGACUCCGGC